ACGUACGCGAUGUCACGUUCAAAACUUUUACACCAAUAGUGAAUGGACUCCCGGUCCAGCCCCCCGAGCGGGGUGACAUUGCUGCUAUGGCCGGGAGGACCUUGUUGCGGGUUCGGGUCCCGCUGAACAGGUGGAACACCAGGGGAAACAGCGGGCAGGCGGCCGGCUACUGCUUGGAGUUGGUCAGGAAACGUGACUAUGAAGGAUUUCUGUGCACGCUGUUGUUGCCUCCAGAAUCUCAAAGUUCUGUUUUUGCUCUUCGGGCAUUUAACGUGGAACUGUCCCAGGUGAAAGACUCGGUAUCUCAGCGGGAUCUCGGUGUGAUGAGGAUGCAGUUUUGGAGGGAUGCUGUCGAUGAGAUAUACAGCGGCAAUCCUCCACACCACCCUGUGGCUGCUGAACUAUCUAAGGCUGUACAGAAGCACAAGCUGACCAAAAGAUGGCUUGCGAGGAUUAUCGAUGAGAGAGAAAAGAAUCUGAAUGACCGCCCAUAUCGCAGCCUCACAGAGCUUGAAACCUACGCAGAGAACACCCAGAGCUCCUUGCUCUAUCUCACUUUGGAAACUCUUGGCGUGAAAGAUAUUCAUGCGGAUCACGCGGCCAGUCACAUCGGAAAGGCUCAGGGAAUUAUUACCUGCUUGAGAGCCGUACCUUAUCAUAGUAGCAGACGGCAGGUAUUCCUUCCUGUUGACAUAUGCAUGCUGCAUGGUGCUUCGCAGGAGGAUUUCAUUCGAGGCAACCAGGAGAAGAAUGUCAAAGAUGUUAUAUUUGAUAUAGCUGGCCAAGCGCACGUCCACUUGGAACAUGCUCGCUCAUUCAAGGAGAAGGUUCAAGGAAGAGCUUUCCCCGCUUUCAGCAACACUGUUGCACUUGAUAUUUAUUUAAAAAAGCUCAGAAGCGCUGACUUUGAUAUUUUUCAUCCAAGUCUACAGAGGAGAAACAAUUUACUACCGUUAUAUUUGUAUGUUCGAUCUUGGAGAAAAACAUAUUAAAAUUUUAUAUUUUAA